AUGACGACCCUUGGCGACCAUGUUAAGUACAAUCGUCUCCCCUCUCUAGAGGAGGCGGCUAUCUCGCUUAAGACCCUACCCGUCGCCGACAUCAUCAACGGCCCUAUUCGCGACGUGUUCCUCAAACAUGAUGCCCACCACAAGUUCUGCCUUCACCUCCAGCACCGCCACCACACAGUUGGCGCCAACGAGGCCAUCGUGAAGGUUAACGGCACGGCGCAUCUUAUGGAUCAUGGGGACAUCGACAAGAUCAUCCGCCUUGGUUACACGGUUUUUCCAACAACCUGA